AUGAACCCCUUAUUUCAUUCAAUAAAGUCGAUUAGAAGUAAAAUUGUCGGUUAUAUUGAAAGCUCAUUGACCAUUCCCAAAGAAUUAUUAUCAAAAACAAAUGAUUUUAGUAGAAAUUUAAAUCAGAAUGUUAAUACAUUAGCACAUUCUUGGGAUUAUAAUGAAAAUUUUCCAAACCAAUUUGAUCCAGAUCUAGACGAAACUAAUGGAACAACAAAGCAGGAUAAACUUGUCCAAUUUAAAUUCCCGAUUGUUGAAUUAUCAAAUGAUUAUUCCAAUAAUGAUUUCAAUACAAUAUUAUUAAUUUCGAUAGGGGAAAAUCUUCUUAAAUUUUCCCCUAUCUUUUCCAAUGUCAUUGCUCAAGAAUUGAUUAGCAAGCUUUCAAAUUAUUCAAAUGAAAUAAUUAUCAUUGGUACAUCAGAUAAAAUAUAUCAGUACAGAGCAAUAUCUUUAAGUUCUUGUACUUUACAGCUACCUGAGUUUCUUACAGGUGUCUGUGCAAGUCUAAUCCAUUAUUUGAUAAAUCUUAAUAUGAAUAAUUUUAAAGGACAUUUUGUGCCGAGUGAAGGUCCUACAGGUUUCGAAAAAUUAUCAAUUACAUCAAUGGAUACACUAAUUGAUAUUUCUAUUAAUGAAUUGAUUUCAACUAUAGAAACUGAAUUGGAUAUCAAGAACUAUAGAGAUGAGUGUCACCGUAAUUGGAAACUUGAUGGUGCUGCUAUGAGCACCCAGUCCGGCCUAUAUAUUUAA